AUGUCCCUGCACGGGAAAAGGAAGGAGAUAUACAAGUAUGAGGCGCCAUGGACCGUGUACGCCAUGAACUGGAGUGUGAGGCCGGACAAGAGGUUCCGCCUAGCUCUGGGCAGCUUUGUGGAGGAAUACAAUAAUAAGGUUCAGCUGGUUGGCCUGGAUGAGGAAAGCUCUGAGUUUAUCUGCAGGAACACUUUUGAUCACCCAUAUCCCACCACAAAGCUCAUGUGGAUUCCUGACACCAAAGGGGUGUACCCAGACUUGCUGGCAACAAGCGGGGACUAUCUUCGUGUCUGGAGGGUUGGAGAGACAGAGACCCGUCUGGAGUGUCUUCUGAAUAAUAACAAAAACUCUGACUUCUGUGCUCCCCUCACCUCCUUUGAUUGGAAUGAAGUAGAUCCUAACUUACUGGGAACUUCCAGCAUUGACACAACUUGCACCAUCUGGGGUCUGGAGACAGGUCACGUGAAAACACAGUUAAUUGCUCAUGACAAAGAGGUGUACGAUAUUGCGUUUAGCCGAGCCGGAGGGGGCCGAGAUAUGUUUGCUUCUGUAGGAGCCGAUGGCUCUGUAAGAAUGUUUGAUUUGCGUCACCUGGAGCACAGCACCAUUAUUUAUGAAGACCCCCAACACCACCCUCUGCUCAGACUGUGCUGGAACAAGCAAGACCCCAACUACCUUGCAACCAUGGCCAUGGAUGGGAUGGAGGUAGUGAUUCUGGAUGUACGAGUGCCCUGUACACCUGUGGCCAGGCUGAAUAACCAUCGUGCUUGUGUGAACGGCAUUGCCUGGGCACCACACUCCUCAUGUCACAUCUGUACAGCAGCCGACGAUCACCAAGCUCUGAUCUGGGAUAUUCAGCAAAUGCCACGGGCUAUUGAGGAUCCCAUCCUAGCAUACACAGCAGAGGGUGAAAUCAACAACGUCCAGUGGGCAAGUACCCAGCCUGAUUGGAUCGCCAUCUGUUACAACAACUGCUUAGAGAUCCUCCGAGUCUGA